AAUUCCUUUGCAAAACCUCUUUCUUCUCUCCUAAAACACCUUCAAAAACCCUAUUUCUCUCUCAAAAAUUCAUCAAUCUUGGAUCAAAUUGGAGAUUAUUCUGCAUACAUCUCUCUCAAUUUCUGCGCGGUGAUGAGAGAGAAAGAGAAUGAGAACAUCGCCGCCAAGUGUAGCUCCAUUGAGCAGUUGUAGUACCAGCAGCAGUACUAGUUGUACUCUGGUAGGUAGAGGUGUUGGUGGUGAAGACGAUGAACAUUGGAGGAAUUUCGAUAACUCAGUCAGUGCGGUGUCGUUUGGGCUUGUCGCCACUGCUAUUCUCAUUUCUAUGUUCCUUGCCAUGGCUCUUUUCGAAAGGUUUCUUCGGCCACCGUCACCGUCCUCCUCCGUCGCCACCACCACCACCGGUGUCCGUAAUCAUGGAGAUCUCGACUCACAAACGGUUUCCCAUGGAAAACCAGAAUACCCAUCUCCAAAAGUCAAUAUUUAUGCAAGAGAAGUUUCUGUAUUAAUGCCUGGAGAAGAAACUCCGACUUUUAUCGCGAAUCCUGCACCUUCUGUUUGUCCUCCGUAGUUCGUUUCUUCGAACUGAGCUCUAGGAAAGAAGAUUAAAAGUAAAGAAAGAUUGUCGGGAUGUUUCUUGCAACGUUUUGUUGCGUUAAUGUUUUCAUACUGUUUGAUACUUUAUCUUGUGUAUUUUUGGCUUAUCAAAAUGAGGUUUUGCUUAUUACAAAGCGUUAUAAAAAACAAACAUGCUAUCGAUUGUUUGCUAAUUUG